GGCAGAGGUCCUCUGCACGCACCUUCUCAAACACCACAGAAGAAGAUACGCACCGACAUCUAUUACUUGAAAGUUGCAGUGCCCUUGUGUUUCACCUACGAAGCGCUACCCCAGUCAGGAUGUUCAGACAUAUUCAGGCAAUCCAGCAAAUCUCUCGCCGGGCAAUCAGCAGCAGUGCCCGGAGGCAGGUGAACAAGGUGCCUGAGAAGCAGAAAAUGUUCCAGGAGGACAAUGGCAUACCCAUCCACUUGAAGGGAGGCUCUGGUGACGCUCUCCUGUACCGGUUCACGAUGGCUCUCACUGUGCUUGGUACUGGCUAUGUCAUAUAUGAAUUGGUAUCUGCUUCUUUUCCCAAGAAGGACUGAAUUUCACGUUCACCGCUGUUUCAAACCACCAUUUUCAGAUGUAAACUAUCUUUAUCAGGGAAUUAAUUUUGUCCUCAUACUGGCAGUUAAUGUGAUUGGGAUCAAUAUUUAUUGAUUGUACUGUAUUAAACUGCAAACAAUAAAAGCAGCCUCCAAGACCA